AUGGCUGAGAAUCUGCCUUCAGAGGUAGUGGCUGAGUAUAAGGAGGCCUUUGAUAGAGUUGACACCAAUGGGGAUGGCAAGAUCAACGUCCAGGAGCUGGGUGCUAUGAUGAAGGCCGUGGGGAAGAAUGCAUCUGAGGAAGAGCUAAAGAUGCUCAUUGCCUCAGUGGACACAGAUGGUGAUGGAGCCAUCAGCUUUGAAGAGUUCUUACAGGCAAUGGCCAAGAUGAAUAACAAAGACAACAAGGAGGGCAUGCUGAUGGCCUUCCAGGCCUUUGACCAGAACGGUGACGGCCACAUCACCAUGGAGGAGCUCAAGCUGGUCAUGUCCAAACUGGGGGAACAGCUUACUCAGGAGGAGCUGGACACCAUGAUCCGUGAGGCCGACUUGAACCAAGACGGGAAGGUGGACUACGAGGAGUUUGUGCGCAUACUCUCCGAAAAGUGA